AUGAACACCACUACUGGUGAACUCUUGGCAGUGAAGCAGGUUGAAGUCAACCCCAAGACCUCGAAUGCAGAUCCGCAAAAGAUCCGUGAAAUGGUCAAGGCAUUAGACUCUGAGAUUGACACCAUGCAACACCUGGAUCACAUGAAUAUCGUCCAAUAUCUCGGAUGCGAACGCAAAGAAUAUUCAAUCAGUAUCUUUCUCGAGUACAUUUCUGGUGGCAGUAUUGGCAGCUGCCUACGCAAACACGGCAAAUUCGAAGAAUCAGUCGUCAGCAGUUUAACCCGACAGACCCUUGACGGAUUGGCAUAUCUGCAUCGCGAAGGUAUUCUGCACCGCGACCUCAAAGCUGACAACAUCCUUCUCGACCUUGACGGCACAUGCAAGAUCUCAGACUUUGGAAUCUCCAAGCGCAGCCCUAACCCUUACAACAACGACAUCACCAACAGCAUGCAAGGCAGUGUGUUCUGGAUGGCGCCCGAAGUCAUCCGCGCCCAGUCUCAAGGGAGCAGCUCAAGCGGCACUACUGAGUCUCAAGGUUAUAGCGCAAAGGUCGAUAUCUGGUCACUAGGCUGUGUGGUCUUGGAGAUGUUUGCUGGUCGCCGUCCUUGGAGCAAGGAAGAGGCUAUUGGCGCAAUCUUCAAGCUCGGCAGUCUCAAUCAAGCCCCACCCAUCCCUGAGGAUGUAAGCAGUGUUGUUGGACCUGCGGCUUUGAGCUUCAUGUAUGACUGCUUCACCAUCGACCCUGCCGAUCGCCCAACAGCCGAGACCUUGCUCCGCGCACCCUUCUGCUUCCACGAUCUUCACUACAAUUUCUUUGACACAGAACUAUACGCUAAGAUUCAAGGAGCCUUUGGUCCUUAG